UAAGCUUCUGUAUCCGGGUGAAGAAUAAACUUGAACUUCUAACUUGGUUUCCAGUCAGAUAUAUAUAGUUAAAAGUUGCAUUUCGAGAAAAAAAUAGACGUGAGGAGGUAUUAUAAUAAUAGGCAAGUCCUAUUGUUUUCAACUGUUCGACAGACAGUGAAGACAACGUUCUCCUCUCGAGUGCACUAUUGACAGGGAAAACCAAACAAUUGCAAAAUGGACGUGCUACGCAAUAUUUUCGAAGGAAUGACGACAAACCCGAUUGUUGUAUCCACGCUUUCAACGAUCGUGUCAGUGCUGCUUAAUAUUAUUUAUUCGAUUAAUAGUUACGCUGUGAUAAAUAUUCCGCCUGAAUCAUUACUACCGACAUAUGAUUUCAUAAUCGUUGGCAGCGGCUCUGCAGGGGCUGUGAUAGCGAGUCGCUUGUCCGAGAUAAAUAACUGGAAUGUUCUUCUUCUGGAAGCUGGUGGCGAUGCAACAGACAUUUAUGAUAUUCCUCUUCUCGUUACCAAUCUGCAAAAAAGCAGUAUCGAUUGGCAAUACAAGACGGAACGCAAUAACAGCUACUGUCGAGGCUUGCAAAAUGGCCGCUGCAACUGGCCACGCGGCAAAAUUCUCGGCGGCAGCAGCGUGCUGAACUACAUGCUCUACGUCCGCGGUAACAAGAGAGACUACGACACUUGGGAGAAAUUGGGCAACCCAGGCUGGUCUUACGAGGAUGUUCUGCCUUACUUCAAAAAAUCCGAGGACAAUCGAAAUCGCUCCAACACCGAGACGAGGUACCAUUCGACCGGUGGAUAUCUAACCGUCCAAGAACCGCCGUUCCAAACACCUCUGGCCAAUGCGUUCGUGAAAGGUGGCCAAGAGAUGGGUUACGAGGCUAGAAACAUCAACGGAGAACACCAAACAGGUUUCAUGGUCUCUCAGGGAACCAUUAGACGCGGCAGUCGGUGUUCGACGGCCAAGGCCUUCCUACGACCAGCCAAGUGGCGCAAGAAUCUACACGUCGCCUUGGAGGCGCACGUUACAAAAAUUUUGAUAGAUCCGUCGUCGAAGAGAGCCUACGGCGUGGAGUUUGUCAGAAACGGGAAAAAGUUGCGCGUUCUCGCGAAGAAGGAGGUGAUCGUGUCGGCGGGCGCUGUGAACAGCCCUCAGCUGCUGAUGCUGUCCGGAGUCGGACCUAGAGAACACUUGUCGCAACACGGGAUACCAGUGAUCCAGGACUUGAAAGUGGGCCACAAUCUUCAAGAUCAUAUAGGCGUCGCAGGGCUAACGUUCAUACUGAACGAAGAUAUAUCAUACAGUGAGGGGAAGCAUUACAACUUUCUUGAAAUUUUGAAGUACUUUCUAUUCGGAAAUGGUCCACUGACUGCGCUCGCAGCUGUGGAAACUCUGGCUUUCAUCAACACCAAAUACGCGAAUGCUUCUGAUGAUUUCCCGGACAUAGGACUACAUCUCACCGCGGCGUCACUGAGCUCUGACGGUGGUAGAAAUAUAAGGAAAAUUCAAGGAGUAACAAAAGAAUGCUAUGAGGCGAUGUUUCGUGAGUUGGACAAGGUCAGCACGUGGUCCGCGUAUCACAUGCUUUUAAGACCGAAAAGUAGGGGUGUUGUCAAGCUUCGAAGUGACGAUCCCUUUGAUUAUCCGUUGAUAUAUCCAAAUUACUUGAAUCAUCCGCUCGACGUAGCGACACUGGUCGAAGGGAUCAAAUUUGUCGUCGAAUUGAGCAAAACUGCCUCGCUGAAGCGUUACGGAAGCAGAAUCAAUCCGAAACCGUUUCCUGGUUGUGAGAAUAUUCCAGUAUUGACUGACGAAUACUGGGAGUGCGUUAUUAGACAUUACACGGCGACUAUCUAUCAUCCGUCUGGUACUUGCAAGAUGGGACCUUCCUCAGAUCCAGAGGCCGUGGUGGAUCCUCAGCUUCGAGUUUACGGAGUGAGAGGACUUCGAGUUAUCGAUGCGUCUAUUAUGCCAAAUAUAGUCAGCGGUAACACGAACGCGCCGGUUAUUAUGAUUGCAGAGAAGGCUUCCGAUAUGAUUAAAGAGUUUUGGUUGAGGAGGCCAGGUGGCGGAUGAUUAUCCUUGUUUUAUGUGAAAUAUUUUCUACCGUAAUUCCGAGAAGCAUCAGGUACUUUUUGAUAUGAACUUUUAGAAAGACGCAGGAGAGGGAUGUUCCUAAAUAUAAAAUUUUAGUUUGAAUAUUUAUUAAUUUUCAAGUUCAGUUUGAAUAUCUGUUAAUAAAAAAGCUUUCAGUACAGUUGACUAAAUUGUGGUUAUACAUAUAUUGGUGAUCAAUCAUAUAUAUUGGUUUUUGUUAGUUAAGUAACCGAUAGCGUAUCAGUCUCAAUAUCAAUAUGAUGACCCACAUACAACCAGUAUGAUUAAUCUUCGUUUUUGCAUUUUUAUAUAUUAUUUUUUUUGUUUUUUGCACAAAUCAGUAAAAAAGUAGAAGCUGAAGUUGGGUCUUAUAUAUAUAUAUAUUGCCCAUUAUAGUCUUAGUGUUUAAUUUACUCCUUAUAUUGCUAGAAAAAGCUAGUAUUUUGUACAGUUUCUUCAUUAGAAAGAUCAAACAGAUGAUAAUAUGUUGAUGACAAGUAAUAAUAUUUGAUUAUAAGAUGACAAUAUGCACAAUGAAAUAGAUAAUGACUAAAAAUACAUAAUAAAUAAGUGUAAAUAAAUAAAUUAAAAGGCUAGAACUCUUUUGUUUCGUCCAUUCUCCAAAAUGGAGUAAAAUAUCUAACGAACUUGGUUUCUUUAGUUCGGGUCUUAAAAUUUUGAAAUUUAAAUUUGGGGCAUCCUGUGCAGGAAGAAAUUGCAACGGAUCAUUAAGAAUCAUUCAAAUCAAUGAGCCAAUCUGUAAUAUAUGUGACCAUCUAAAUUUUGGUAAAUUUUGUAAAUAAUUGUAAAGGAUUGGACGUGUUUUGUCGCUCGCGAGUGCCAAUCCAAUUGUUUUGAUUGCUAGGUGACCUUUGUUGUAUGGGAGCGUGAUGAUAUAUGGCGCUACUCCGCCUUGAAAAUAGAAUGAUGAUACAUAGUGAGUGUGACACCGACGAGUACCUCGACCACAGAAGCCUAACCAUGGAAAUAAAAACUACACCGAUUCGAAACCAACCGAAUCUUCAAACAUACAGCCUGAAAAAGACGCUUACUCAGUCACAACCAAUUAGUUUAUAGUAAAGAACUGGCAAUUAUAAUUGAUGAAAAAUAGUGAAGCUGUAUCCACAGUUCAAAACAAGAACUUUACUAUUUUCUGCGACUCUAUAAACGCCAUUUCAUCAAUCCAGAAUCCGUGGACAAAUGAUCCAGUCAUCCAAGAAUGUCAAGAGCUUUACAUCAAAUCGACAAAUAGAAACAACAGAGCCACUGUAACCUGGGUCCUCGCCCAUACUGGCAAUGCUGGAAACAAAAGAGCCAACAAAUUGGCCAAAGGAGACUGACAACUCACCUAACUCCAACUACUACAAUAAUGGCCUACCAGAAAAAACCACAUUACACCUGCUCAAAAAGAAAACAAAUGACAACUGAAAACUGGAAAUCCACGUUACAACUACGUCAAAAAAUAGAUAAGAACGACUGCACUCUACCAAGACACCUCAAGAAUCAUAAUAGGACAAAACUCACCCAACAUCUUCUCCACAAGGACGAACCUCCAACCUGCUAACUAUGCAAAGUGUCGCUAACGGUGGACCACAUUAUCUUGGAGUGCAGAAAAACGCCUAGAGAGCAACAUAAAAUCCAGCCUGAAUGACAACCUAAUGGACAACAACACAAUCAAGAACCUUCUGCAAUACUAACUAAAACUAACAAGAGUAUACAAGAGACUAUGAUUAGCUGAGUCGCUAAUAACCAGCAAAAUAGUUGAUGCGACUUUUAAAUAACGAAACAAAAAAGAGAAAAAGAAAUACAUAUUUUUACAAUGAAA